AUGUAUUCGUCAUUUAUUAUUUUAUUAUUUUUAUCUCUAAAAGUAAUUUUAACAAUUUCAGAUGAUCCAAAUAGAUUACCAACAAAAUGUGAAGUAUGUAAACUAUUAGCACAAGAACUAACAGACAAUUUACAAGCUCAUGGUAGUCAUGAAGUAAUAGAUACAGGUUAUUCGUUAGAUGAUCGCUCAAAUGCGAAAAACAAAAAGAAAUAUAGUGAAUCUGAAACUCGUUUGAUAGAAGUACUUGAAGGUGUCUGCGAACGUUUUCUACAUUAUAAUGUCCAUGCUGAGAGAAAAGGUAGUUUAAGAUAUGCAAGAGGAAGAUCUCAAACUAUGCAAACAUUAUGGAAUUUAAGAAAUAAAGGCGUCAAAGUUGUGCUUGAUAUACCGGAUAAUUUAUGGGAUGUACCAUCGGCUGAAAUAACCCAAUUGAAAAAAUAUUGUGAAGAAAUGCUUGAAGAAAAUGAAGAAUUGAUUGAAACAUGGUAUUUUGAUAAGCAAAAGGUUUCAUUAAAUAAAUAUCUAUGCGAGGAAAAUGUUUUAAAAAAUGAUGAUCCAAGUUGUUUGUAUGAGGUAUUUACAGGUGAAGAGGAGAAAGAAGAUUCUGAUGUACAAAAAAAGACAAAAGGUGAUAUGGGUGGGAAUGAGAAGAGUGAAUUAUGA